AUGUUUAACUCCGUUAUUUCCGCAACAUUUUGUGGACUGUCCAACAAAAGCUUGACCAUGCAAAACUACAUUCAACGAUAUCUAAGCAAUACACAAACUGACUUGCUUAUUAUGCACCACUAUAGUGCUCAUUUUGAUUCAAUAUUUGUGGGGAAAAAAUACAGAAGUUAAAAAUUGUUCAAUUUUUACUGUGGUACGUUUUAUCGCAUUAUCAAGCAGAAGCAGAAAUUCGCCUAAAUGCACCUUCUUUAAUUGUUCAAUUCGGUGACUUAAAUGUCAAUCAAUGUCACAGUAUAUAUCGAUCCCCACAUAAUUCUCCAGUCGGGAAAGCUCAUUACCAAAUUGUUCGGCACAAGAUUAACACUCGUACCUACCGCGUCAUGGCGAAAGUAAAACCGAUAACCCGUCUGGAUAGUUAUAGACUAGUGCGCUACGUGUUACUAUUAUUCUAUGUUCAAUCCAUACUCGUGGGCUUCACUGCUCAAGUUUACGAUAGCACAAAAAAUAGAAUUUACACCUCAAAGAUUCUUGCUUUCUACAGCAUUGGAAUAUCAAUUAUUUUGAUAAUCAAGCACAUCACUUCUGGUAACCUAAUAGGCAGAAAUAGUGAAUUGGGUGUAGUUGAGUCAACAGUCAAUGCAGUAGAAGCAUUUUUACUACUCAAUAUUAUGCUGCUUGGAACUAUUCGGCGGUACACGAUGAGAAAAAACAUAGAAAGUCUUUUCGAUGACUAUGCAAAUAUUCAAAAAGUUAUUGGCUUCACUUCCUCUCAGAUUUAUGGCACUGCUAACAUUAGAGUAAUGAGAGCGGCGAUGAUUGGCACAGCACUACUCUUAAUUCUAAUUUUGCCCGAACUAAGAACUGUAACUUCUGUAUCGGAAGUGUUUGACGUGUUCACAUUAAUGUAUCCAAAAGUAAUGAUUGUGAAUCUUGCAUCAUGGCAGUACUUAGAAGUACUAUACGUGCAUCGCUAUUUAGAACUCAUAAAUCAUAUGCUCUCUGAAAUGCAUUACGAGGCAGCUAAAGAAGUAAAGGUUAUCAAUCUCGAUAAGAACUUUCAAAGCCUAUCUUUGAAGCUUUUUCGAAUAAUGAUGAUCCGCAAUCGAGUUAUUGCAUUAGCUUUUAAAAUAAACAAUAAUAAUAACCUUCAGAUGCUGACGGUUUUUACACUAAUUUCUGUGUUAACCCUCAAUCAGAUGUAUGCCGUUUUUCUACUGAUCCAUCACUUAAGCCAAGAUCAAAUCGAAGAAUCACAACAGAAAAGCUUAAGUUCUAUAUUUUGCUUGAUUCUUAUUUUGUACGAAGCUUUCUGUAUAACCGAUGCGUGUGAGCAAGUGGUGGAAGAGUCUAACAAAACAUCAGAAAUCUUGCAUCGGUACAAUUCGUUGCACAUGGACGCACAACUAAAGCAAACGGUUGAGAUGUUCCUGAUUCAAUUGAUGCAUCAUCCAAUCAAAUUCACCGCCUGUGGAAUGUUCACGUUAGACUAUUCGAUAAUAACGUCGGCCACUAGUUAUCUGAUUAUCCUCAUUCAGUUCGAGUUGGCCGAUAACUGUAAGAAGGGUUAGUUCAGAGAAAAGAUGCACACAUUUUGCGGGGAUUUCAAUCACUUAAUGUUUAUUUCUUUAAUAGCUCUCAGAUAUAUACUUUUUCAAAGAGAAAUAGUUAACAAUAAUUUAUUCUUUGUUAUACAUUUGUUUUCGGUGUAUGAAAUAUAUAUAGACAAUCAAUUAUUUUAUCACGCUAGUUUACAUAGCACAUACAGAAACUAUAAUUAGCGCUAAAUUCAAUCAACAGUAUGUGUGUAUUGGAUGAAACGCAGAAAAAUGAGAAAAAUGUAUAAAAUUGUAUCUAUAAAGGCCUACCAUCGAUUGAUGUAAAUGUAUAAUUCAAAGCAAUUGUAGUAAACAAAGAUGUACGGAAUGUUUUGGUAAAUUUAGUUACGCGUUUGUUAUUCAGUUCUGGCUAUGGUUGAUUGUUCAGCUCGGACGCAAUGAAUUGUAUGCAUUCUAAUGGUGUUGACGGGAAAUAAGUAUAAGUUUAAUGCAGAUCGAGAUCAUAAAUGCAAGCAUAAAAAUUGCGUAAAACGGCAUGUUUUUUAUGUUACAGAUAUAUCACUUUGUUCUAUAUCAAUUUGUCUACACAUGAACUUCGAUUAGUCCAUUGUCGCGCACUACGACCUGAUUAGAUUUCAAUGCUUUAAGAAGAGAUAUAAAAAUCUUUUAUGCUUAAAAGUACUAUUCAAUGAUGUUCGCAGUUAUGAUGGAUGCAUACAAAUUCAAACAAAACCAUUCAUAGACAGAUCAGAAAUUAAUAAAUAGCCUAUCUAUAGAGCUCGUCUUAGUAUUUCUGCAAAUUUGAACCGUUCAACAAUAUAGCUGAAUAAGAUGAUUAACAUUCGAGACAGGUAUUCGCGAAAUAUAAAUUAUCGCGUGUAUGAUUGACCGAACAUGUAAUUGUUCUGAAAUUCCAAAGCGCAAUACGUACUUUCGGUUUAACUAUGUACAUUAUAGAUCUCGAAACGAUUAUAUCAGCAUUUUGCUUGAUAUGUCCUGCAUUUGAUCUGCAAAUAAACACAGGCUCAGAUUUAUUCAAAAAUCAAGUUAAUUUAUGUACAAAAACUUC